AUGUAUCCAACCCCGGAAGUCUGCUAUAACUGUCAGCACACAGAUCUUUCCAAUCUCUACGUGUGUAGUAGCCGCGCAUGUGGUGCGAACAAUGCGUUCUGUGAUGAAUCCUGCAUCGAAUGUCUGAAAGAAUUGGGACAAUGCGGAGGCGAAAACCCUCAUUAUAAUAUCUCCUGCUGGCAGCAACAUAUGCCUCGAGGGAAAACUGCUCUUGCUCACCAAAAACAACCAGCACGCGAUCAAGUUCGUAUCAACGAAGUGUUUUAUUGCGAGAAAAAUCCGGAGAGACAGAGCGAACUUCACGCAAAGGAUAAGGAGGCUAGGUGGUUCAUGGUCGACCCUAGAACUGAUCAGCAAACAGGGGAUGGCAUAUUACGUGUGACCGAUAGGUUCGAAGAAUUACUGCAGCCGAGAUCGGAAAAUAGUUCCAAACAAUUUCCGAGCUUGGUAUCUUUUAUUGGCGAGACCGGUACUGGCAAGUCGACAUUAAUAAGAGCGUCCAUCAAGUUUUUCUCGGGCCAAGCGCAGCAUUCAGAAACGCUCGAAACACCGGUCACUCGAUUGGAAGCCGCAUCUUCGUUGACAAGCCCUACUAGCUCUGGCGUUCAUCUCUACAAAGAUCCAGCGACAUUUGCAUCCCCGACGCCCAUUCUCUUUGCGGACUGCGAAGGAUUUAACUCUGGGGCCGGGUUGCCUACUUCCCACACCGCAUGGGAUAGCGAUGGCGAUACAGUUGCCCGGGCAAUCCGGAUCACCUCAUCCACAUACUCGAGCGCGGGCAGACAGCUCGCCCUCUCCGAUAGAAAUACAGACCUAUACUCAAGAUUUCUUUACGCCUUCAGCGAUGUUGUCUGUCUAGUUACAAGGAACGCCCAAAAGAUUUCUAAGGAGAUCUCGGAUCUGCUCCUGUGGGCUUACCGAGGACUUCGGGCAUCUAUCAACCAGGUUCAGGCAAAAACCCUCAUCAUUGUUCUCAACGCACCUAGUCAUGAUCAUAACCCCAGUCUGAUGAGUCCAAUCGCACUCCACAAAUACAUCUUCGAUAAUAUGCCAAAGGUUUGGGAUGAUUCAGAAGAAUUGAAAGAAGAACGAAAAAAGUUGAACGAUACUCUUCCCAAGAAAGAUGAAAUCAAUUCUACAGAAUCAUUCAUCUUACGAUAUUUCCAGAGCAUCCGUGUCUGUUAUAUUCCAACAAAGGGCAGUGCUAAUCCAGACGAGAUGCACAAACAGUGCCAGUUACUUCGAUCUCAUAUUACUGAAAGCGUGGAUAAGACGUCAAAGGAGAAAGAGGAAUCUUGGACGCGUUAUAGUAUCCGGGACCUAUCGCAAUUACUUAACCAGGCAUUUGAACAUUUCGCAACAGAUGACAACCCAUUCAAUUUUUACAAAGCUACGAGAAAGGAUAAUCCUAAUCCACAAAGCAUGCAGGACCACAUAAUGAACAUGCUACGGAACUUAGAGAUGACGAGGAAUAGAGACUUAAUCAACCACUUUCCAAAGCUUGUCGCUUCAAGCAUUUUAAACAAUUGCCUUCGUGGAAGCGGCCCGGCGUUAGGUCCCGAGGUUAUCUGGACGGAAACAUAUGAAGAAAAAUGCACCGUCGGCAUAGAGAACUUCUACAAACAGCAUGCGGACUGUCAAUUCCAAAAAGAGGGGCUGCCUCUCGAAUUUUGCGCGAUAAAAAAGCAUGUACACAAAUCUAUACAUCGUAGUAAGGACGGCAGUCUCAUCGGUACUGGUGACUUCCUACCCUCUGACACUGGGGACAUUGUACGCGAAAGAACCAGCAACAUCGGGAAAGAGUUCGGGAGCUCCUAUAAAUAUCUUUGCAGGAGAGGGGAGGGAAGAUCGGUGGAGAGAAUCAUUGCUCAUCGCAAAGAGGUUCUCCGGAGCCCACAUCACGAGCUUUGGGGCCUGGUUCGUAGCUACAAGACCUGUUUUUCGUGUCUACUCUCAUGUCCAGAUCAUGUCUUGCCAUGUGGACAUGCACUAUGUGAACGGUGUAUUUCUGACUUUGGCAAACCGUCAAAUAUCACUGAACGGGAGAUAGAAAUUAAUGAAUGUGUCUUUUGCGGGGAAUCCUGGGAGCGCAAGCAGCGUAUUCAAACAAAACCUCCAUUCGCGGGAGUGCGAAUUCUCACCCUGGAUGGUGGCGGAAUCAGGGGUAUAUUGGAAUUAUUGAUGUUAAAAGAGAUCCAGGAACGGAUUGGACUGAAUAUUCGCUUUGAUCAGUUUUUUGAUUUGGUGGUUGGCACAAGUACAGGUGGAAUCAUAGCUUUGGGCCUCUUUGUACAGCGGCUAAGUCUAGAGAACAUGAUAAGAAAGUUUGAAGACUUAUCGGCAAUUCUGUAUAUGACAGGCCUCUGGGAGAGUACCUAUCGAACCAGUCCUCUCAGAGAAGGAAUUCAAGAUGUCGUUGGAGAGAAGUGGAGUAUGUUCGGAAGUGCCAUGGGACGCAAAGUCCAGAGAAGGACCCGGGUGGCAUUGAUGACCGUCAAAGACUCUGGAAAACAGGCUGCCGCAAUUACAAACUAUAACCGCCCGUCUCUAGAUCAAAACAAUGACUUUGAACGUGCUGAGGGCGAGGAAGCAGAGAUCAAGUGUUGGGAAGCUGGUCUAUGCACCUCUGCAGCACCAUUUUAUUUUAAACCAUUCAAAAAGGUGUCCGAAUCAGCAACAGUGUCAUAUCUUGAUGGUGGUAUCCUCCACAACAACCCCAUCAGGUGGGCGGCGAAAGAACGAGAUAAGAUAUGGCCCAACGCAAAGCUAGAUAUCCUUCUCUCUUUGGGAACGGGAUACUUCCCUAAUCGUGAACGUAUUCGUGAAACGUCAGUCUAUGCUAGGUUCCCCUCGGCACAAGCGGUGGCCAAUAGCUACUUUUCCACAAUUGAUUGUGAGAGUACUUGGUCGGACUUCCGGGAAGGGGGUGAAUAUGAUCCGGAAGUACACCAUCGACUAAACCACAAAUUCGACGGGGAGUACUACGCUCUUGACAACUACCAAGCGAUAAAUAUAUUAGCCAAUAUAUUCAAAGAAUCGUUAGAGGUAGAUUCAACCGAUCUUGAUAAGCAAUUGCAACAUAGCGCAGACCUUCUCGUCGCAAAGCUAUUUUUCUUCGAACCCACUAAAAUAUAUCAAAUACCGGACUCAUGUGCCUCCUGCAGAGACGAGAAAAAGUAUCGAGUGGAGGGUAGCAUUCUCUGUCGUUUGCCUAAGGGUUCGAUCGAGUUGAAGAUUCUCGUCCAAAGAAUCAUUGCCUUCAGUGCAAGUGAUACUCCGGCUGAAGUCGAAAUUGAGCGAAAGACGCAAAUAGGUCCCCUGAAGACCUUCAUAAAGGCAGUCGUAGACGGGGGACGAUUUCAGAUACCUCAUACUAUCACAGGAUUUGGUUGCAGCCGGCAGAUCAUAAAUGUACUGAUCAAAUGUCCAGGGUCCGGGGAAGAUGGACCGAUCCCGAUCCCAAUCAGUGGCUUUCCAAGGAAUAUCAGUGAAUUAGUGUAUGUCUUUGAGGCAGAGAAAGCCCAUCGUUAUAAGUGGGUUAUAGAAGCAUAG